CAUAAUUAAUCGCAAACGUGGUCCCGAGAGCCUGGAGAGGGGGAGGAACGUCUCUGAAGGAAAGUUUUAGCGUCACUUUCAGCCUGGUUCUGUGAUGUCAGCUAAGGAAACAGGUGAUUGAAGAUGCGCCUCCGGUUAUUUUUCCCCUCAGGACCCAGUACUGGGGUGUUUAUUUUAUUGGUCUCGAAUUUUAAAGGGACGCAGUCGCGGGGAGCGUUUCUCCUGAAAAAUCGUACUAACCUUACUGAAUACUAAUUUCUUUGGACUAGAGAACUACUACUUCCUCCGUUCCUGAGUUGAUAUUUUUCUUUAGCUGCCGGGCAGUGGUUAAAAACAAAGCGAAAUGGGGCUUCCCUGGUGGCGCUGUGGUUGAGAAUCUGCCUGCCAAUGCAGGGGACACGGGUUCGAGCCCUGGUCUGGGAAGAUCCCACAUGCCGCGGAGCAACUGGGCCCGUGAGCCACAAUUACUGAGCCUGCGCGUCUGGAGCCUGUGCUCCGCAACGAGAGAGGCCGCGAUAGUGAGAGGCCCGCGCACCGCGAUGAAGAGUGGCCCCCGCUUGCCACAACUAGAGAAAGCCCUUGCACAGAAACGAAGACCCAACACAGCCAUAAAUAAAAUAAAUAAAUAAAAUUAAAAAAAAAAAAAACAAAGCGAAACAUUCUGGGAGUUACAGUUCUAGCGCUCCUUGGACCUCGCGGUCUAAGCAAGGGCUCUCUGCAGAGCCCCUCCUGGCUCGCGUGCUUUGGGGGCUGUUCUGGGCCGUUGGAAGGGAUUGGCCUGGCCUAAAGUAUCUAAAGACCCUAGGAUUGCUGCAGGUCAACAGUCCCCACUGGAGAAAAAAAUCUUGAAUCUAGGUGGCGUGCAUACAACAGCAGCAAGACAACUGAUAAUUCAAAAAUAUCAAGAGGAGUAUGAAACACUCUGUAGGGAGCAAGGUCUUUCUCUUGACUACUGGCUUGCCAAAGCAGAGUCUUAUUAUAAUAAAAGGAUAAUGGAAAUGAUGAAAGAACAAGAGACAGGCAAUGAAAUCAAGAAGAGAUUGGAGGGGAAAACAACCCAAAGCAUAGAAGGACAAAAACGAUAUUAUUUGGUACCUGAGAGAGAAGUGAAACAUGUAGAAAUGCACAUAUAUCGAGCAGGACAGGUCGGAGAGUUUAAGAAUAAAACAUUUAGACAAUUACCACCACGCCCUACUGAAAUAAAAUUGCCCAAAAUUGUGCCAGAAGUACAUGGCAUCCAGAACGCACAGAGAAGAAAGCAGGUUCCUAGAGGUGGGCACCAGCCAGCGGCUAGAAACAGGGUGAAGCAGAAGGCAGACGACGCCUUCAGAGCCCCAACCUGGUGUUACUGAACAGUGGGUGCUGAGCCAAGGGUGACCAGCUUCCUGAACUCUGCGGCCUAGGCUUGGAGGGAAUCAGAGAUGUUCUCAGCUGUGGAAGAGGAGAAUUUGGACAGCAGGACAAAGAAGGAAGACAGCCCCCUGGAGCAGAUACCUUUGCCACCAGAGGCCACAUCAAACCCUGGGGCCUUUUCAAAGUCUCUCCAUCUGCUCAGUCACUGGGAGGUAGACAGCCCCAGGAAGGAGCCCAGUCAGCCUUGGGGGCCAGGCCAGGAGUGGACAAAGCUAGAAAGAGACAUCAGGGAAGAGAAGGUGUUUGACCUGCUGAAGCCAAUUGAACCUGUACAGAAGCUGCUCCCUCAGGUGGAUGAGGAGGCCCUGCAGGAAGCCGUGAAGGGAGAAUGCUGGUGGAAGGCGUGGGUGAAGAAGCCAGUCACCUCUGAGGAUGUGGCAGUGAAUUUCACCCAGGAAGAGUGGGAAUGUCUAGAUGCCAGUCAGAGGGUACUCUACCAGGACGUUAUGUCAGAGACCUUCAGAAACCUGAUGUCUGUGGAUCUGAUCGCCAAGUUUGAACAAGAAGAGAAACAGUGGAGAGCAGAUCUCCGUCCCCCAAAUGGAGAAGGCCUUCAUUCAGGAGGCAUGAGAGAGGAACUUCAAGAACAGAGUCAGAGUUUGGGAGAUGAGGGAAAUAGCGAUGACAAGAAGGUCUCCCUUGCUCGCAGAAGGGCAAGCCCAUCCUCUGCUCCAGCUGGGUCCCUGGACAGGACACCAGUGUUCCCAGCAUCCUGGACUGGGCCACCCUUUACCUGCCAUACCUGUGGCAGGUGCUUCAGCAAGCGCUCCAGCCUCUACAACCACCAGUUUGUUCACAGCUGCGGCCAGUGUGGGAAGUCCUUCCUGAACCCCAAGGACCUCAGCUACCACCGGCGCAAGCACCUUGGGGAGAGGCCCUUCUGCUGCUCGCUCUGUGACAAGACCUACUGUGAUGCUUCUGGACUGAGCCGUCACCGCCGUGUCCAUCUGGGUUACCGGCCCCAUUCGUGUCCCUUCUGUGGGAAGUGCUUUCGGGACCAGUCUGAGCUCAAACGCCACCAGAAGAUACACCAAGGCCAGGAGCUGGGGGCUGGAAACCAGAAGCAUAUCGUGAAGAUUCCAGACAACACAGCUGGAUUCCAGGGGCUGGCAACUGCGAACAAUGCACCAGUGGCUGGGACCCAAGGACCCUCAUUUAAAACCACGGGUCCCGAGGCUCAGACCCAGCCACCUAUAGACAGGAGCCAGGCACCUGCGACCAAGAACCAGGUAAUCACUGGGAAGCCUCAGCUCCCAGUCGUUACAACCCCAGAGCCUGUGACCAGGACCCAGGCAGCCAACAAGAGAGCCACCCGCCUGGAUACCAAGUCCAGCUCUCACCCAGGAAAGCCUUCAAGACUCAAGGUCUUCUCUUGCCCUCAUUGUCCCUUGACUUUUAGCAAGAAAAUCUGUCUCUCCAGCCACCAGAAGGCCCACUUCACAGAGCAGUCCAACCGCUGCUUCCACUGCGGCAAGUCCUUCACUUUAUUCUCUGGGCUGGUCAGGCACCAACAGACUCACUGGAAGCAGAAGCUCUACUGUUGCCCUAUCUGCGACGUCUGCUUUGGGGAGAAAGAGGACCUUCUGGGUCACUGGGGGGGCUACAGGGGCAAGGGGCUCUGCCUGGGCAGUCCCCAUAAAUGCUGGGCGAUCCUGGGUCAGUGGCUUGGCUUCUUUCCCGAUGCCUCCACUGUGGCAGGGGAGGAGAUGGAUCUUUCUCCUGGAUCCAUACCCUCAGGAGAGGGAAGGAAGGGAGGGGAGAAGGCAGCAGAGGAAAGAAAGCAGAUAAGGCAGUGAAGGUCUUGGAAUGUAAAUAAAUGGCCUUUCCACCCGAGGUCUUUCUCUGUUUGGUUUUCCUGAGGGCUGACCUCCAGGGUAAGAAGACUGGGGUAGAGGAAGAGAGAGGUGAAAGAAUAAUGAAGGAAAUACAGAAAGGAAAAGGGACAAGGGGUGGCACGUGGAAACUUGUAGUAUUAUUAAUUAGCACCCAGCUUGUUUCUUUGUGUCUCAUAGACCAUCAAGUAGUAGUUGUUGAAGAAAACAGUGGACACUCCAAUAGGUAUGAAGAUGGGAGAAAAAGGAUGAGUGGGGGAGAGAGUCCGAGGGACCCAUCUGGACCAGAUGUAGAAGGGGAGGCGUUUUAAAGCAGGUGUGUGGCCCAGUUGUCAUCCCUUGCUCCCCUGGCACCUCGGUAGGCUGCCCGGGGCAAGAUGGAGCUCUGGCCAGUGUUCUGUGGGUUUCUCCCCAUCUCCUGUUUUUGGUUAGGGCUCGCCAUGUCCUCACUGUGCAGGUCACUUGGCGCUGUCUUGGAUGUUUUGGGCUUUUCCUGCUCCUUCCCAGCAGGGCUGAGAUCUUGGAAGAAACGACCACCAUUGCAAAGUUGGUGUGCUAUAAUUUGCCGUGAGGAGGUUCCUGGUCUCCAGUUCAUGGCGGAGACCCUCUUGUCUGUGUCACUCUGCAGCACAGGUGCUCUCUGCUGGAGAGGAGAGCGGCUGCCUGGUUGUAGCCAGAGAGGGUUUCCAGACGGAAGACAGACCAAGGAGCAGAAAUAUGUGGGCAGCGUAAAGGGGCAGAGGAAGGAAGGAGCUGGGGAAAGGGAGAGACUAAGUAGGUGACAGAAGAGAGGUUGAUCCUGUUUGGAAUUCAGAGCAUCCCUGCAAGUGCAGAUUGGAAUGUCCCCACAGCAAAGAGGCCAGUGAGUGUGCAACUUGAUGGAUGCGACAUCCCCGAGGACCAGUCUCUGGGCCAACCAGGCUCUUCUCCACCCUGCCAAGAUGCGACAUCAUUCAGAAGGGGUUUCCUAGAAGGAGGAGAAAAUAACUUGAAAAAGCUGUCAACAGUUUCUAUCAUGAAACUGUCACACCAGGGAGAAGAAAGGCCCUGUGGAGUCACCUAGUCUUGGAGGUGAGGCCCAGGGCAGCUGCUGUAGGGAACAAUCGAGAAAGGAGGCCAACUGGAGUGGGAUUCUUGCUUUGGAGCACAAAGGUGGAGGAGGAGUCCUCCCUCCAGCCAGGCUCACCAGCCCUUCCUUUCCUUUGGGAUUUUGAUCCCUCAAUAGCCCCCUCUUCCCCUUGCUGCUUUCCUCGUUUUUGUUUUUGUUUUUGUUUUUUUUUUUUUGCUCUCAGCUUAUAAGAAAGAGAAGAAAACUUACUUAGCUCUUCAAGAAAUUGCCCUGAAAACAAAGAGAAAUAGGUGAUGAGUGGAAGAUGACUAACUCCUCCCACAUCCUCCCUGUGGAAUUCAUAGUCACGCCCCCUCCCUUUCCACUAAGGGACCCCACAGAGCUCAGUAAGUGGUUCUCUUCAUUGAUUCUCUGAGGAGCCUGGAGUUGGCCAUGUGGACAGAGCAGGAAGGAAAUUCCAGCUCUGAAUCUUGAGCCCUGGUUCCAUCCACCCUCUUUAUGUUUCCCACUCAGGGCUGGCUUGCUCCGCUGCUGCUCAGUGGUCCUGUUUGCUGCCCCAGCACUGCACCUGCCAGUCUUCGGUGUAGCCAGUUGUAGCAGAUGAUCAAGGCCACCAGAGGUCCGAGAACUGGCACGAUUACAAACAAGGUUAUCUUCCAGCAGGGCACCGUCAGGAAGUGGGGAUCUGAAUCGUUUGCCACAGAACAAACAGGAUUAACAUGUGUUCCCCCUUGUGUCCCACCCACCCCUCUCCAUUUAUUAUUGGGUUUCUUUUGGGUGGUGGAGGGGGGAGGUUCUUAACCUGGGUUCCAAAAUAGUUUGUGGAUAGAGUCCAGGGAGUUCAUGAAUUUGGAUGAGAAAAGCGCUACAUUUUUAUUUUCACUAACUUCAAACUGAAUUUAGCAUUUUCUUACACUAAAAAUGUAGCUAACAAACCAGUUAUCAGCAGUGACUGUGACUUUAUCACCAAUGGAAACCACAUUCCCUUCAGAGUUGUUGCAGAAAUCUCAGAAUACUGUUUAUCAAUAUUUUGAAAUCACCAAAUUAUUAGACCUGCUGCUACAUUUUAUUAUUUAAUGUAUAUUUUUGUUAUUUAACGAAAC